AUGCAUCUUAUAGCCGCACUUUCUAUUCUGGCUGCUGCCUAUGCAGCGACUGUAGAACCGGUUCAGGUCCAGGGCGGUUGCUCCAGCCUCCCGGCCUACGAUGCCUCCACUGGCAUGGCCGGUCCCUGGGUUGUUGAGGUUAACCAAUGCGUCAAUACCACUGCCGCAGACCACAGCUGUACCAUGGAGGGCUUUGGUAGUACGUCUGUUUAUUUUCUGCAACAGGGCGACACAAGCGUCCAGCGUGGUUUUAUCGCCAUCGUGUCAGAAAAUGAUCUUGCCAAAAGCCCGCUCCGCUGCAACGACGCCACUACUUCCUUCGAGUCCUACGUGCCCUCCGGCGUGAGCGGCUACCAGUGGAAGUCCGUCAACAUCACUGACAUGCCCUACUCCGCGCAGCUCAUGUGGGGCCUCGGCCAGUACAGCCUGCCUAUUCAGGCAUACAACCACUACGUUAGUGGCGUCAAGCAGGAAGGAAUUUUCCUCGGUGCGCAUAAUGUUACCACCUGGGGUGUCCAGCUCCAGUCUGGCUCGGCCGGCAGUGGUGGUAAGCCUUACUGGUUGGUCCGGUUGCUUGGACCGGGCAGCGCAGACCCACAGACGGGCGAUGCCUUGCUGGAUGGAGAGUUCAGGACCUUUAUCAAGAUCGACUCGACUUAA